AUGGAAUCCAAAUUGUGCACAAUUCUGAUGAUGAUGAUAAUUCAAUCACUGCUAUUAUCAAUAUUAGGAGGAAUUAAUAAAGCAGCACCAAAGCGCUUAGACUUGGAUUCUGCUAUAAGAAGAUUUUCCAAAGCUAUCACAUUUGAAACGGUUUCCAUGGACCCUGGAGUGUCAAAUGUUACCGAACUUAAUAAAUUUAAAAAUUAUUUGGAAAAAGCGUAUCCCUUGAUUCAUUCUACGCCCUGGAUUCAGAGGCAGAUAGUGGGUAGUCUGAGUAUAGUAUACACGAUAAAGCCACUGCGUGAAGAGAAAAAUGAUUCUACUAAGAAACCAUGGAUAUUGCAAGCUCACCAAGAUGUAGCUCCCGUCUUUGAUCUUCACAAAUGGGACGCCCCUCCGUUUAGCGGGCAAAUUUUAUACAAGCCCCAAAGCUUACACCAGAUACUUUAUGACCCAAGGACCAACAAGGGUAGCAAGAACUUUUCGACAAGCGAUCCGGAUCUUAAGGAUUACUAUGUAUACGGAAGGGGUACUAUGGACUCGAAGCACAUUAUUAUGGCCAUCAUGGAGGCCGUCGAAUUGAUGAUAGGGCGUGGACAGAGACCCCUCCACAAAACGUUGAUCCUAAGUUUUGGGCAUGACGAGGAAGUCGGAGGAUUAUAUGGCGGUAAAAAAGUUGCCCAAAUGUUAGAGAACGCGUACCCGUAUCCAACCGACGGAGGAAAACCUAUAGACUUUUUACUGGAUGAGGGAUUCAGCAUUAUUAAAGAUAUUCUUCCUCAAAAUAUGAGAAUAGCUCCAAUUGGCGUGUCGGAAAAAUAUGUCAUGAACGUCAAUCUAAGCGUGGUGACAGCGGGAGGUCAUUCCAGCGUUCCUACAAAAGAAAACGCCUUAAUUAUAUUAUCGAACGCUUUGGUCAACAUCGAUUCCAACAAAUUUCCCUCUAUUUUUGCUCACCCAGGAACGCCCGACAUAGAAAUUUUGAAACGCAUCGCUUACUUAUUUCCGCAACCCUAUAAACUACAAAUGGAAAACGCGGCUUUAUAUAGGAAGGCAUUAGAAAAUAUCACGCUGGAUAAUGAAAUGAUAGACGCUUUCACUAGAACAACCGCUACAGCGACGCAAGCUAAGGGUGGAAUCAAAUACAACGUAGUACCCAAUUACGCAGAAGCCAACGUCAAUCUCCGAGUUCUUCCUUUGCAAGAUCCCGAUGAAGUUUUGAAAUAUGUUGCUCAAAUAAUAAACGACCAAAGGGUAAAGGUGCAACUUAACACUAUGUCUCCAAGAAGCCCCAUAUCCGAUAUUGACACCAUUGCUUUCAGAAAACUCGAAGUGAUUAUUGAAGAAUUUUUCAAUAGAACUAUAGUCGUACCAGCGAUCUUUAACGCCGGCACGGACUCUAAGCAUUUUUCCAGAAUCGUGGAUAACGUAUACAGAUUCUCUCCCCUAAGAAUGAACAUGGAUGAUAUAUCGAGGAUACACGGUAUCAACGAAAGAACUUCCGUUGCCGAUUUUUACAAUUGCGUUAGAUUUUAUUAUUAUUUGAUCGAAUUUGUUGCUGAGGGGUUGGAAGAUGAUACAAAAGUUUCAAAAAUGGCGGCCAAAAAUGUGAAAACGGCUUCAAAGGAAGCGGCAAAAAAUGGGAAAGCGAUUUCAAAGGACGCGGCUAAAAAUGUGAAAGCGAUUUCAAAGGAAGCUAAUAAAAAAGGAAAAAAUAUUAAACCGAAAAAGAUAUGA